AUGUCCAACAUGGACUGGGUUCAAUUAGCCCAAUAUCCCUUUUUCGACCAUCGCAAGUCCCCAUCAGCCACACAGUGUGAUGGCAUCGCUCAGUCCCUAACUGGUGCCACGAACAUCGUCCCAGUUAACAGUUUGAAUACAAGGACCUAUUCUGUCAUCUGCAACGAUUGUUCAACACUGCCGUUAGACCGCAUCGUGGUCUUCCGAGAAGCAAACUCCAAGACUGAGCCCCUUGACUAUAUAGUCAAACUUGCAAAGGAGACUUAUGGUCCUUUGGCGCCUGAACCCACAUUUUACGAUAGAUUGGAGAGCACAAAUCCUCCACUUUCUAUCUACACUAUGCCGUGUCAGCCUGGUAUAUCUCUUCUCAGUGCUCUACGCUGUCAAGUCAAGCUCUCACGGCAGCAAAAGGCCAAACAGGUUAGCUUUAUUCGGGACGUAGCAAGAUUCUUUGCUCUCUCCUGGUCGAACAAUCAGAUCAUGGAUCCCCCCGAACUACUCUAUAUCCGCCAAGCAGGCAUCCGCCACCAACUCCGCCUAUUCAAACAAUUAGCACCCUUAGUCCUCCCGGUCCACUUGAUCGAUGAACUGAUUCAGGUUUUACCUACCCUUUUCAGUGCCGAGUAUCCCUCGGUCUUGACAAACGGGAACCUUUCCCUAACAAAUAUCGGCGUGGACGAGGCAACCUAUGAAAUAUCAAAUAUCGUCGACUGGUCUCUAGUCAAGGUUCUGCCCUUCGGAAUGGAUCUGGAUGUUUUGUUCUUGGUGACAGGAUACAUGGGGUCGAGGAACUGGAGAGAUUACGAGUGUAAGCAAUUCAUGCUGGAUUGCUUCUGGGAUGAGUUUUGGGCGAGUGUGGAACCAUCCGUUGAUCGGGGAAGGGACAGGAUCAUUGCAGAAAAGGCUGCGCUGAUAGGGGCGCUUUUGAGAUAUGGCUUAACUAGACGGGAGGAUGGGGCUUCGGAUAGUGAGGUUUCGGUUUCUGAUCGGGAUACUGCCUUGUUGAGGGCGUGGUUUGGGGUUACUGCAUAG